UGUCCGUAUAUAAGCUGCCUUUACGGUGAAGACAAUACAAAUGGAGAGAAAGGAGGGGUAGAUUUUGCACAGUGAAUAAACUUUAUUACUUAAAAUAUGACAAAGACUGUUUAGUGAUUCUAAAGCGUAAUUGCACUUGCGAAAGACAGAGACUCGACGAUAAAAUGACGACUUGGAGGGACAAGUAUACUGCAGGGUUCUUAAACAAUGUAGAUGAAACCACAAGAGAAGCAUUAUUACAUAUAAUACAUACAACAAAGAAAAUCAGUCCUCUACCAGAUUUUGAAAGGCUCUCAGCAGAUGUGCAAAUCAGCCUUUCUUUUGGAAUGGACUGUGAUCAAGUAUAUCCAAAUAUUUAUAUUGGUGAUGUUGGUGCUGCAAAGAAUAAACAUUACCUCAGAAGGAUUGGGAUCACACAUGUCUUGAACACAGCAGAAGGAAAGGGAUUUGGAAUGGUAAAUACAAGCAAAGACUACUACAGAGAUACAAAUAUCAAAUAUAUGGGUAUUCAGUUAUUAGAUCUACCAGUGGCCAAUAUUAGCAUGCAUUUUGAAGAAACUGCUGCCUUCAUUGAAAAUGGAGUGAAAAGAGGAGGCAAGGUGUUGGUGCACUGUGUAAUGGGAAUGUCUCGCUCUAGUACCUGUGUCUUGUCUUACCUGAUGAUCAAAGUAGGACUUACUGCCACUGAGGCAUUGAGGACAGUUCGACUUCAUCGUUCAAUUCGCCCUAAUGAUGGCUUUCUUCACCAAUUGGCAAAAUUGGACAACAAACUAAGACGAGAACGGGGCCGCAUGGCGAAUCUCUAAUAUGGAUUGAAUGGUGAUAAAGUCCUAUUAAUACAUAUGUAAGCAUGCAACUAUAUUAACUGUGGAAAAAACUAAUAUUUAAUCCAUAAUACAUAUCAUAAAUUGUGACAUUUUACCUCUCAUCCAUAAAUAUCACCCCGAGAUUAACACCAUCAACCGAGAAGCUGGCCAAUAUUGUACAGUUCAUAUUCAUCAUAAUAAAACAUACAACCAUUAUCCCAGAAAUUCCUUUAACUUUUCUGGCAGACCUGCCCCUUUCAUGAAAUUUUCUUUAUGCUGCAGGUAUAUUUAAAAUGUCUGAAGUAACUGCCUUAAAGGUAACAAUAUAAAAUGCUAACAUACUGAUUUAUUAACAUUGCAGUGAUAAAUAUGUUGAUUUCCUUUCAUAAAACAGUUAUGAGAACUGGUUAAUGGUGGCUAAAAUUAUAUUGUAUAGGAAGCAUAGUCCAUCUAUGAGCCUAAACACUCUUAUUUCAGAUAAUGGGCAAACAGAUUCUAACCGUCCCAAAGUUUUGAGUUCAAAUAAGUAGAUCAGUAAAUUUACUUACCACAGAAGUAUUCAUAAAUGAGAUUAAAGCACAAAAUCAUGUAAAGCAUUUUAAAUAACUUGUAUGGUAUUGCGAUAGAUUAUCUUAAAAUAUACUAAUUCUGAUGUGCCUGUACAUGUAAUUUAUAGUAUCUCAAAAAUUGUGAUAAAAUGGUUAGUACAACAAACAUUAUAGGCUCAGCAAAGGUUAUUGUACAGUUGUGAAGGAGAAGUAAUCCGGUUUAUUAUAAGAAUGAAAUAUGGUGCUGAGUUACGUUAUGGAAGCACGCUUUAUAAAAUAUGAUGUAACAUUGAGGUUUAUCAGUUCCUUCAUAAAUAAUUUUUAAACGAACAACAACUUCAUGUAUUCUCUUAUCCUUAAAUUACUGAUUUCUGUAUUGUACAGCCUCAUUUACAAUAUCUACAAAUAUAUGCUUUUGGUUUUA